AUGUCCCAUCAAAACCAAAUGGCUCACUUCCAAGCUUACCAGCCUAUCUAUGCUGACUCUGAAGGCAUUGUUCUUGGGCUACUAAAUACAGUAUUCAGACAAGGCCAACAAGGCUAUAUAUCGCUUGUAGAUUUCUUGCUAGUGCUUCUAACGAGUGAGAACACUGAGAUAAAGAGACGAACAGGACUACUCCUUUUAUCCAGGAAAAUCCCUACCAUUGUGUCGUUAAUCUUCCAAAAGUGCAAGAAUAAAAGAGGAUUGUUGCUGCGAACAGAGGAAUAUUUUCAUCGGGAAAUAGUCGGCGAACUCGACACUCUGAGCAAAUCGAAAGAGUUGCAGACUAGCCCAACACACACCCACUUGAAUAUAUUUGACAACUUUUCCCUGAAUCUAUAUUCUGAGUUGAUGGUUCAACGGUCACCAAUGCUGUCAAGGCUCCUACACUCAGUACUGGAUGGAAAAGCUUUGGCUAUUUCAACGAUUGGCAGCAUUAUGACGAGAUACACCAAUUCCCGCUGCAAUCUGUAUCAAAAGGUUAUGGGGACAUACCUCUUCAGCAACGGAACCAGUCGUAAGACGAUGGAAGCUUUAUCUCACGCCGAACUUUCAGUGUCAUACUCUACUGUCAUGAGGAUAUUGCGACAACUAACUGUAAACGCAUUGGCCGAUGUCCGAGCUGUAGCCGCAAACAAAAGCUGGUACAUUGUGUAUGAUAAUUUGAACUUUCGCCGAGUUAAGCAUGACCAGAGGUUAGACAACAGGGACAAUUUUGUAAGCGGCACCACAGCCACCCUUAUCCAGUGUGAUCCUACUAAUGGCGCGUUCAACCAAGGCUCAUAUGAACGGCUCUGCUUUAAGGACUUGAUUAUCAAUCGAGAUAAUGAUGCCCAUUUCCAGGAGGUAGCUACUUAUCAUCUCAUCAACGUGCUUAAGAGGCAUUACGAGGCAUUCAAGAGUCUCCAAAACGAUGCUCCAGUCAAGAACUUACUUCCGGCCAAAAAAUCCGAGACGUUUCCCUUGCCUUCGAUGGAUAUCAAUGAGUCAACUACGGAGGGCAACAAGGAUGUUAUUAACACAAUCAUCAACAACACCCUCCAACUUCCAAGAGAAUGGUUCAACAGCGAAAGACAUAUAGUGGUCGCAGGAGAUCAACUCACAAUCAAAAACAUUCGAUCUCUGUUAAAGUAUCGUCGGGACCAUUAUACACAUUAUAGCCGGCUAGAGUGGGUGAUCCCCUUGAUUCAAUUGUUCCACUUACAAAUGGUAUUUGCUGCUACCAUUCUACGUACAUAUUAUGGGUCAAUCACAACACCUGGAUCACUUGCACAUUUCGCGGAAAAGUUACGUCGAAAGAGGAUAAGCUUGGAAAAGCUGGAUUUCCAUGCUGUCAACGAACUGAUUCACCAAGUGUUCGAAGCUGUAGCAUGGAGAGCAUGGAGAGUGGUGAUGAAGAGCAGCCGUGGAGAGUCAUCAGCGGAAUAUGCUAGCAGGAAGGCAAACGAGAUUUUUGAAAAAUUUGUAUGUGGAACUAACUCCUUCCUUAACGAUAAUAAUAAGGUGUCAUUUAAUGGAUCGCUGCUCUUCCGAGACAUGAUGCUUUAUGUCGAAUUAUCCCAUGCUAUCAGGUCUGGCGACAUUGGUCGAAUCGAAGAGGUCAUAAAGUGGCUGACUAUAAUGUUUCAAGCAGGCUGUACCAAAAACUACGCACAUGAGCUUAUCCAUCUCCAAUGUGGUCUCCAGUAUGCAUGGCCUAAAGAAACCAAGAAUGCCAUUAUGUCGACGUGGCUAGUAAACACAAGCGGACGCCCAAUGGGCUUUAUCCCCGCCGACUUGUACCAAGAACACAACAAUCUGCUAAUAAAAGUUAUUCAUGCCGCCAAAGGACACAACGCGUCAAUGGACUUCAUUGCUAACUCCAUAUCAACCAACAUUGAAGCAUUCAAACGAACCUCAAUUCUAAUGGAAACAGAGUACAAAGUCGCCCGAAACCGAACAUACCACAAGUCCGUCAAAUUCAUUGAUGAUGUGACGAGCGUUUUGGAGACACUAGAGGAUAUUAAACUAUUCUCCAAGGAAUCAAAGCCCACAGUUGAAGCCAAAACGAAGCGCUGCAUAGACCGUUUCAAUGAUGGCGUUGCAGUACUUUCCGAGGGGAAACGUUUAGAGGCCAUAAAGCAGAAAAACAUGAGCCUUGAUCACAAUACCGAAAACUCACUGGAUCCGUUUUCUCUUGAAGUUGAUUUGACAGACGUAGACACCGACGAAAUUGAUCUCUUGACAGACCCUGCUGGGAAUGAAGUCGGAGAUUGUCCGAUUUUUUGGGAAGAUACCUUUGCAGAAUAA